AUUGCCGCCCGAUAUUCUCGCGAUAGCUUCAAGAUCCCGUGGGGCUGGCCGAAGCCGGAAGCUCCACGUCGGUGGACUGGGCUGUGUGCGAUCGUAGCUGAGCUCGGUGGCUGUGUUAGCCCUGAUCGAGAGCCGGAGGCAUGCCUCUCCGACUUGACAUAAAGCGUAAGCUAACAGCUCGAUCUGACCGAGUCAAGAGUGUGGACCUUCAUCCCACAGAGCCAUGGAUGUUAGCUAGUCUCUACAAUGGCAGUGUCUGUGUUUGGAACCAUGAAACACAGACACUAGUGAAGACCUUCGAAGUAUGUGACCUGCCAGUAAGAGCAGCUAAAUUUGUGGCAAGGAAGAACUGGGUUGUUACUGGAGCUGAUGACUUGCAAAUUAGAGUUUUCAACUACAACACUUUGGAAAGAGUUCACAUGUUUGAAGCACACUCAGAUUAUAUCCGCUGUAUUGCUGUGCAUCCUACACAACCUUUCAUUCUAACCAGCAGUGAUGACAUGCUGAUUAAGCUGUGGGACUGGGAAAAGAAAUGGUCCUGUUCUCAAGUGUUUGAAGGGCACACUCAUUAUGUAAUGCAGAUUGUCAUAAAUCCAAAAGACAAUAACCAGUUUGCUAGUGCCUCUUUGGACAGGACAAUCAAGGUGUGGCAGCUUGGCUCUUCUUCACCUAACUUCACUUUGGAAGGUCAUGAAAAAGGCGUAAACUGUAUUGAUUACUACAGUGGAGGUGAUAAGCCAUAUUUAAUUUCGGGAGCUGAUGACCGCCUUGUUAAAAUCUGGGAUUAUCAGAAUAAAACUUGUGUGCAGACUCUAGAGGGACAUGCUCAAAAUGUGUCCUGUGUUAGUUUUCAUCCUGAACUGCCUAUUAUCAUCACUGGCUCUGAAGAUGGAACCGUUCGGAUCUGGCAUUCCAGUACUUACCGUCUGGAAAGUACUCUGAACUAUGGCUUGGAGAGAGUGUGGUGUGUAGCAAGCCUGAGAGGAUCAAAUAAUGUGUCUCUGGGAUAUGAUGAAGGCAGCAUCAUUGUUAAGCUUGGCCGUGAGGAGCCCGCCAUGUCAAUGGAUGCUAAUGGAAAGAUCAUUUGGGCAAAGCAUUCAGAAAUUCAACAGGCUAACCUGAAAGCAAUGGGAGAUGCUGAAAUCAAAGAUGGAGAGAGGCUGCCUCUUGCUGUGAAAGAUAUGGGCAGCUGUGAAAUAUAUCCUCAGACUAUUCAACACAAUCCUAAUGGCCGAUUUGUAGUAGUGUGUGGGGAUGGAGAAUACAUCAUUUACACAGCCAUGGCACUGAGGAACAAGAGUUUUGGUUCUGCUCAGGAGUUUUCAUGGGCUCAUGAUUCUUCUGAGUAUGCCAUCAGGGAGAGCAACAGCAGUGUCAAGAUAUUUAAAAAUUUCAAAGAGAAGAAAUCCUUUAAACCUGAUUUUGGAGCAGAAGGUAUCUAUGGUGGUUUUUUGCUAGGUGUCCGAUCUGUCAAUGGCUUGGCAUUUUAUGACUGGGAAAACACAGAACUGAUACGCAGAAUUGAAAUACAGCCCAAGCAUAUUUUCUGGUCUGACUCUGGUGAACUUGUCUGCAUAGCCACAGAAGAAUCAUUCUUUAUUCUGAAAUACCUUUCUGAGAAAGUUGCAGCAGCGCAAGAUACACAUGAGGGUGUCACUGAAGAUGGCAUUGAAGAUGCCUUUGAGGUCCUUGGUGAAAUUCAAGAGAUUGUGAAAACAGGAUUGUGGGUGGGCGAUUGUUUUAUUUAUACCAGUUCUGUGAACAGACUCAACUACUAUGUUGGAGGUGAAAUUGUCACCAUAGCACAUUUGGACCGGACAAUGUAUUUACGCUGCUAUAUCCCCAAAGACAACAAACUUUACCUGGGUGACAAAGAAUUGAAUAUAGUGAGUUAUUCCUUGUUAGUAUCAGUGCUUGAAUAUCAGACUGCUGUGAUGAGGAGAGACUUCUGUAUGGCAGACAAAGUUCUUCCUACAAUUCCAAAGGAACAGAGGACCAGAGUUGCACAUUUCCUCGAGAAGCAGGGUUUCAAACCACAAGCUCUUGCAGUAUCUACAGAUCCUGAACAUCGCUUUGAGCUUGCCCUUCAGCUUGGUGAACUUAAGAUUGCAUAUCAGCUUGCAGUAGAAGCAGAGUCUGAACAGAAGUGGAAGCAGCUGGCUGAGCUUGCAACCAGCAAAUGCCAGUUUGGCCUUGCCCAGGAAUGCCUGCACCAUGCACAGGACUAUGGCGGUUUAUUGCUUUUGGCUACAGCUUCGGGAAAUACUAACAUGGUGAAUAAGCUUGCUGAGGGAGCAGAAAAAGAUGGCAAGAACAAUGUAGCAUUCAUGAGCUACUUCCUGCAAGGAAAGCUUGACAAUUGUCUUGAGCUCUUAAUUAAAACUGGGCGCUUACCAGAAGCUGCUUUCUUGGCGCGAACAUAUUUGCCGAGUCAAGUUUCAAGGGUUGUUAAGCUGUGGAGAGAAAAUCUCUCUAAAGUCAACCAGAAAGCUGCUGAAUCCCUAGCUGAUCCCACUGAAUAUGAAAACUUGUUCCCUGGAUUAAAAGAAGCUUUCAUUGCUGAAGAAUAUAUCAAGAAAACACAGACUGCUCUUCGGCCAGCCAGAGAAUAUCCCCUAGUCACUCCAAAUGAAGAGAGAAACGUCUUGGAAGAAGCCAAAGGUUUCAUACCACAAAAAGGAAUAUUACAGGAAUCAGAAGAAGUAGUCCCUACUUCUAUGCCUGUGACAAUCCCUCCAAUUGCAGGGAAUGACUUACCUGAAACAAUAAGAGAUGAAAAGGCAUUACUGGAACUGGAUGAAGACUUGGAUAACUUAGACCUGGAGGAUAUUGAUACUACCGAUAUUAAUCUGGAUGAAGAAAUGUCUGACUGAAUCUUUUUUUAAAAAUGACCAAACUUCUUAUAAAUUGUUUUUCCAUGCACCUGACUAUUAUUGCAGUCUUCAUGAAGUUUCUUGAUUUUUUUUUUACAUUUAAAUUGGAUAAAGAAAAAAGUAGACCUUUGCAGUAUACUUUCAGUUUCUGUUAGGUAGAUCCUGUUGUUUUUCUCACAUUGAAACAAAGUCUGCUAAUAAAUAAUUUUUAAAUUUC